AGGGGGUUAAAGAAUGGAAGGGGAAAAAGUAACAAUCCUUUGUAGCGUGUGUUGCGUUCAUAUAAUAGUUGCUAUAUUAGCUCCUUCGAGACCCUGUAGUGCCAUGGUCUGCAUAGCAUCGGGGCCUGCUACAGAACUGCAAUACUACUGAUCGAACGUUUACUUUCUGCCACCAUGGCUAGCUAGCUUGAUUGCUUGGGUCAGUGUGUGUGUGUGUGUGCGCGCGCGAGAUAUUGUAGUCUUGCGAAUGUUCUGUUGUGUUGCUGGCGACGGUCUUACAUUCUGUAACCAGGAGCACAGAUACAUGUUGGUAGCCAGCCUAUAGUCACCCUCGAGGACUAAGUUGUCUACAGAGCUUGACAGACACAUUGAUCAGAUAUAGUUGCUCGUAUCGAGAGUAACGUGUCAUGUCCGGUUUCAUGAAGUUUAUAGAAGUAAUGGCUCAUUUCUGACAGUUGUUUCUUGGCUUUGGAUAUUUAUUUGUAGACAGCUAUUACGAUAAAAGGCAAUGGUAAAAUAGCCUAAUGAAAAUGCAAUGCUGAAAUGAAUGAUGUAUCAUUGGAUAGUCUAGACUAGAGUGAUGUGUGUGUGUGUGCGUGUGUGUUGCAAGUUGUAAUAUUAAUGUUGCAACAUUGUUACCAACGUUCACUAGGGCUAUUUAAUGAUGCAUUCUACCAUUUUCUGUGAAAGGAACAUGUUCUGUGAAAAGUUAUCAUAUCCGGAAUCAGUAAUAUCGUAGCCUAAUUAUUUAGUUGCAACUCUAAUUUUACAAUUUUGCAUGCAGAGUCGUUGAAACUUUGAAGGUUAUGUAUGAAUAACAUAAUAAGAUAUCUGGCCAGAGAUUUGUUCUUGUAGCCUAUAUAUUCCUGUUUCUCCUCCUCGUUCUUAAGUAUAGGCUACACUCAGCAUAUAUAGCAAUUGAUUCCUAAAGGUUUUGAUCUUGUAAAUAUUCAUAAUAAACGUGUGGAUUUUAAUACCCUUAUGUCAACAGGAACAUGUUGAAUAUCUUGAAUAUCUAUAGAUAUUAAGUUCAUAUCUAUAAAGCCUACACAAUAAUGUGAAUAUGUAAUUUAGCCUACUGUUAUUGUUUGAUAUGAAUAAUAAUUGACUGUAUAUAGAUGCGUUGUUGUGAUCCACUCGCAUAGCAGAGAAAUAAAUUAAUUCCUUGUGGAAUAAAAAGACCACCUGAAAAAUUCACACGGAAGAGUGAAAUACUUUCACCAAAGAAAGCCGAGGCUGUAGUCAGUUUUAGCCGGCCCAACAAGGAAUAGUGUAGCUUUUGUUUAGAAUCUCACUCAUGAGGUCUAUACUAUUGUUCCCAUUGUUACUUUUUCAUUUUUUUUCUGUCAAUUGUAUGAAGGGUUAGGGAAAUGAAUGAUGGUAAUGGUGAGGGCAGUGAACCGUAAAGAAGUCGAAAACAAUAUCAGCUGCGUGGGUCUGUCAGUUGCAAAUGUGCUGUGCUGGCCUUUGUUUAUGGUUACUGGAAGUUGAGCAGGCAGCAAAAAAACUUGAUGGUAUUUAAAUUCACUGAGCAGGAAACUAGUCUGGGAAACUAGGUUAGAAAAAGUGUUGGAUUUCACACAGACCUAUUUUCUAAAGUUCUCCUUUACUUUAGAGUAAAGAGGUAGGGGGAAGUUGGCUCGUUUUCCACACAAGCACCUCACUACAUUUACCUCCUUUUUUUGAGAGAGGAGAGAAAAAGAAACAAAGUUGUAUAAAGGAGAGGCUGGUGGCAAGAGUGUAGAGGAGUAGCAUAUGGCUGUAAAAGGAGCACAGCUGGAGGUAGCAUUUCCAUCUGAACAUGAUGUCAGAGCAGCUGACAGGCUGCCAUCCCCCAGUCUUUUAUUCUAACGCACAGACUGGGAGUUAGUGUGUGUGCGGAUCUGUGUGCAGGAGGAGGUAUCUCAUUCCCCUCCAACAUCUCCUCCACUUUGCAUCUGUCUCUCACAGUUAGCUUUUUUUCUCUCCUACCCCCUCAUUGAUUCUGCAAAAGAGCUGCAGCCCGGCCCAGCUUUUCUACUACAGCGGACUUAAUCAAGUUGAUGCAUACUGCAGGUUAUGAAGACAGCAUGGAGUUCCCAGACCACAGCAGACAUUUGCUACAGUGUCUGAGUGAGCAGAGGCAUCAGGGUUUCCUUUGUGAUUCCACUGUGCUGGUCGGCGAUGCCCAGUUCCGGGCCCAUCGAGCAGUGCUGGCUUCAUGCAGCAUGUACUUCCAUCUCUUUUACAAGGACCAGCUCGACAAAAGGGACAUUGUUCAUCUGAACAGCGACAUUGUUACAGCCCCGGCGUUCGCUCUCCUGCUGGAGUUCAUGUACGAGGGGAAGCUCCAGUUCAAAGCCCUGCCCGUGGAGGACGUGCUGGCUGCAGCCAGUUUCCUACAUAUGUACGACAUAGUCAAGGUCUGCAAGAAGAAGCUGAAGUACAAAGCCACUGCGGAGGCAGACAGCACCAAGAAGGAGGAAGACGCCUCCAGCUGCUCUGACAAAGUAGAGAGCUUCUCUGAGGGCAGCACGGGCCACCCCGCAACGGCCGACCUACUGCCCAGUGACGAUGAGGACCUGGAGGCCAAGCAGGACCCCAGUAACCUGUGGAUGAGGCUGCCCUCUGACCGCGCGGGCACCCCAGCCACCGCCACCAGCCCAAGGGAGGCUGACACCCAUGUCAGUCCCCCCAAACUGCAGUCCCCUGCCGGCAGCCCCAGCAGCUCUACUGGCUCCCUGUCCCGGAGAUCCCUGGGCUCCCGUGGCUCCCGAAGCUCCCGUAGCUCUCGCAGAGUGUCGGCAGAUGCGGACUGUGUCCUGGACUUGUCUGUGAAGUCCAGCCUGACGGGGCCCAGCGAGGCCUUGUCCAACAACCCCUAUUUCUGUGGCCGGGUGACGCCCGACAGCCUGCAGGGCACCCUGGUCCAGGUGAAGCAGGAGAAGAACACAGGCUCAGAUGAUGAGGGCCUGGUGAGUGGCGACUAUGAGAUGGACCACAGUGGGCCCAAAGCAACCCCUCCCAGAACCAACGGAGGACUGAACCACCACGGGGUCGGCAGCCAUGCUCACAGACGCCUGGGCCUGGAGGCCCACCUCUCGGCCCUGCGUGAUGCCUCCCUGGCCAGCGAGCUGGAGCGUGACGACAAGGUCAGUGAUGAUGACAUGCUGGGGGGAGAGAGUGAGCGGGCCCAGGUCGAGGCUGCCAGCAUCGACAGCGCCCUGCUGCCCUACGUGUCCAACAUGCUGAACGCUCCUCACACUCAGAUCUUCAUGUGCCCCCUGUGCAACAAGGUGUUUCCCAGUCCGCACAUCCUCCAGAUCCACCUCAGCACACACUUUCGCGAGCAGGAGGGUGUGCGCGCCAAGCCCGCCAGCGAUGUCAAUGUGCCCACCUGCUCCAUCUGCGGCAAGACGUUCUCCUGCAUGUACACCCUGAAGCGCCACGAGCGGACUCACUCCGGGGAGAAGCCGUACACGUGCACCACGUGCGGUAAGAGCUUCCAGUACUCCCACAACCUGAGCCGGCACGCUGUGGUGCACACCCGAGAGAAGCCGCACGCCUGCAAGUGGUGCGAGCGGCGCUUCACCCAGUCCGGGGACCUGUACCGCCACAUCCGCAAGUUCCACUGCGAACUGGUCAACUCGCUCUCUGUCAAGAGCGAAGGCCUCAACCUCCCCAACCUCCACAGGGACUGGGCCAUAGAGGAUAGUUCUCAAGAACUGUGGAAGUGAAGCCUGCUGAAAUGAUCAGGACUUUGUUUUUAAGCUAAAUGAGACAGGUGUCAGUGAAGGUUGGGCAGAGAGGUAAGGGGAGUUGGAGCAGGGUAUGGGUGGGAGAGGGGUCUGAAUCAGUCAUGUUUCUUGUACGUAACAUUGCAAAAUCUUGUUAAAUGGCACUUUAAUAGCACAUGAACGUGUUACUACUGUUUUCUGUUCCAGUCCUUUGUUUUGUUCUAUUUUAUUUGUUCUGAUUUUGUUGAAAAAAAUGUAUGUAAACAUGGCCGCUGGAAUCAGUAGCCAGUGUUUAGUUAUUUUUAGAUUUCUUGUGUAUAUACACAUGUCUAUACACUCCUUAAUCUAAGGCACACCUUCAAUGACAACCAUAUGAAGUGUUCAGGUAAUACACACUGAAGUUAGACUAUUAGAAUACACUAAACGGGUACUGUGAUCAUGAAUAUAUACCAGUACACAUACAUGUGUGUAUGCAUACAUGUGUGUAUAGUGCACUACUCUAAUUUCAUUUUCAAAUUUAAUCUGUGUGAAUGUGUGUGCGUUUAAAUUGUUUUACUCUGCAAAGAGGUCUGAUUUAAAUAUAGCUACAAGCUUCUGUUCCUUAAGCUCUUGUACAUUUUGACUUGUGAUAGGAAACUUGACUGAUGAAAGACAAAUGGCACUCAUGCAAUGUACAGCUUCAUUUUUCACAUUAAUUGAAGUAUUUUCUAAAACCCUUUAUAAAUGAUUAUUUUAGAAUUUCUUAAAUCUCUAUCUGCAGCUUUAAAACAUCCUUUGUUGAACAGAAUUUAAUUUAAGUUGGCUGUAUUCUAUCGGUUUCUGUAGUGAUUAUAUGGAUUUAUUUUUGGAAAAUGGGAUCUGUUAUUGCAUGAAGUCCAACCUGUAUAUUUGAAAUGUGAAUUGCUGUAUUACUGUACACUGUAAUUGAACAAAUAUAGAACAGACUAUGUGAAUACUCCAAGGGUGCAGUCUGUUAAAAAAAAAGUGAAUUUUACAGCUAUGGAAAAUGCAUGAAUAUGAUUUAUUGACCUUUUGUUGUAGUUUUUUUUGUUGCAUUUGAGGAGUGUAUUUUAAAUUAACUAAUUAUAUUCUUAAGUAGUUUAUUUCUUUUCUCUGCUCCUUUUGAGAGUCCGUUAGGACUCCUUUAAAAUGUUCUGCUGGGCUGUGAAGAUUUGUUUUGUCAAUGCACUGGUCUUGGGUUUGAGUUUGUGUAACGGUAUGUGAGGUGAAGCUUGUCGUCAGACAGAGGUGGGCAGUGUGGGCAGAAUGCCAGCAGUGACCUAACUAACAAACUCAUCUACAGAAGAUCUCCACUAGUGUGUUUGCCUCCCGUCCACACAGCACUUCGUCACCGUCUACUCUGCUGCAUGGUGGUCAGGGAGUUAAGGUUCCCAACUGCUGUAUCUAUCCAGUUAACGUUCUUCUUUGGUAUUUUCUGCUCUCUCAUUGACAUCAAGUAAGCAUUGUGGGUAAUUGAUUUAUUUAUAUUUUCAUUUGUUUCUAAUUGUGUGGCCAAUGAAAAUGUGUCACACUUUUCUAUCAGAGAGAGAGACUCACCUGCUCAUAUCAGAGUACUUAUGAAGGUUUAUUCUGUUUCAAAACCAAGCUGAAGAAUCGGAGAGCAGCACUGUGCUUAACAUCACGCUCCUAAUUUCUAUGUCUGUGUGUAUGUGUUUGGAUGCUCCUAUGUACGUACUGUAUGUACGCACGCGUGCGUGUUUUGUACUGAAAGCGCAAUCCUUACUUUUGAAGGGGGAGAAUUGGCAUGCUUGACUGCACCUUUUAAAGCUUAUUUAACUGAGAUUUAUGCUGAAAAGAUGCCUUUAUGAAAAUUAUAGUUAAAUUAUAGAUUCAAGAAAUCAUGGAUACUAUUACAUUCAAGAGGUGAAAUUAUUGAAUUAACUUUAAAUUAUAAUUUAUCAUUUUUUAAAUUAAAUUUGAACUGUUUUUUUAUUUUAAUAUUUUAUUUAGAACUUAUUUUUUAUUUGUUUUUAAUGAAUGAACAUUCUGGGGGAAAAAAUCUGCACUCAAAAUAUUUUUGUGUAGAAAGAUCAUGGAAUCAAGUAAAUGCCCAUUCUUGAGAACUGUCAAACAAAAGCAAAACCUUAACUAUACCCAAACUCCGAUGAUAGUAAGUAGAGCUAUGAAUGUCCGCACUUGUGGGGAGAUACUGGCAUGCCCACACUGGCCCGGGGGUUUGGUUUGCUCUUCAGUGGAUGUGGUGGUGGCAGCAUCAGCUGGUGACAUGGGUGCUCCUUGCCAACUGCACACAGUGUCAUGGCAUUUUGCACAGUGGUAAUUGAUCUGUUUGCAACCACAAAUAUAUCAUGGAAAAUAUCACUUGUGGAUUAACUCUAUUUGAAGACUUAUUUACAAUUAUUGAUGGCUUUUCUUAUUGUACUUGACCGCCUUAAACUACUGUAAACAGCUUUUUUUCUCCACGUUGUUAACACUGUAAGUUUGUAACUGGACUGUUUAUUGACAUUUUUAAAAUAGAAGAAAGUAAGCUGUGAAAUGACCUGAUAAGCAUCUCCAUUUAUCAUCAAUCCAACUUUGGUUACUUGAAAACAGGAAAGGUCCAGUGGGGAAAAACAUAAAUGUAGAAGACGAUAUACGAAGAGAUGAGGGUGAAUAGAAAUACAUCUGUUGAAAAGGACAAUCACUGUCUGAAAAAGAAGCAGAUUUUGAUUCAAAUAUAUUUGCUUCCCUGCGAGAUUUUGUUUCUUUGACAUUGUUCUUUUUCUGGAUUUAGACAUUUUAGCUUUGACAAUCAUAGUAUGUUUUAUGUUCUCAAGGGGAGUAAAUUCUAAGGCUGUUUAGUUUUGUACUUUUUUGGUGUGCUGUUGUUGAAAUUUUCAAAUUGUGUGCAAACUGCAAUAAAUUAUAAGAACCUUAACUCAA